UUUACCGCAGCGUUCCGGAGGCCGGAGGGCUCCCUGCAUCUCCCAGCAGUGCUUGUCCUACAGCAUCCUAAAGCCUAAAGCUUUGGUUUGCAACUGAUCCACAGCAAACAUUUACACAUGGAAAAGCAAUGUGGUGGCAGCUUUCUCCUCUGAUUCUCUCUUUGUGCUCGCUGGCUUUAAGUGCACGUCAGGCUGUGGCUACGGCACACGGGGAGCUGGAGGUGUUGCCUUUCCAGAGGAGAAGCAGCAGGGAUGUUAAUUCUCCAGCUCCUGUCAACUGUCAGCUGAGCCAGUGGUCAGCAUGGACUGAUUGCUUUCCUUGCCAAGAGAAAAAACAUCGGUACCGGAGGCUGCUGCAGCCGGCGGGGUUUGCUGGGCAGAGAUGUGCAGGGCACCUCUGGGAUGAGCAAAGCUGUCGUGCUGAGACAUCCUGCACCAGAACCUCCAGCUGUGGGAAGGACUUCCAGUGCCAGGAAACAGGUCGCUGUAUCAAACAGCAUCUUGUGUGCAAUGGAGAGCUGGACUGCAGAGAUGGGUCUGAUGAGGAGAACUGUGAGGAUGAAGAUAUUGAAAGCUCUUGUGAACAUCUCUCUCCAAUCCCAGGAGCUGAAAAAGCAGCCCAAGGAUACAAUAUCCUAACACAGGAAGAGAGGCUCCAUGUAUAUGAUCCUAAGUUUUUUGGAGGGCACUGUGAACAAGUCUACAACGGCGAGUGGCGGGAGCUGAAGUACGAUGCUGCCUGUGAACGCCUCUCCUAUGGAGAUGAUGAGAAGUACUUCAGAAAACCUUACAACUUCCACCUUUACCAGUUCCUAGCUCACGCUGAUUCUGGAUUUACUUUUGAGUUUUAUGAUGAUUCAAAGGAUCUGCUUGAUGCCCUCAAAAGUGAUAAAUCCAAAACAACAGGCUUUACCAUUGGGAUUGGGCCAGCAAAUUCAGAUUUCCAGAUCACCCUGGGCCUGACUUUAUCAGGUGGCAAAGGAUCCCUGAAGAAUUUCACACAAUAUGCUACGAAGGAGCUUGGGUUCAUCCGAGUUGCCAUGAAGGUGCAGACAGCCCGUUUCAAGAUGAGAAGGGACAAGAUUGUUUUGGAUGAAGAUGUCCUGCUCUCCUUGCAGGAGCUUCCAGACACCUACAACUACGGCAUGUACGCCAAGUUCAUCAAUGACUACGGCACCCACUUCAUCACAUCUGGCACUAUGGGAGGCACCUUUGAGUACAUUCUUGUCAUUAACAAGGAGGAAAUGAGAAGAAAAGACAUCAGUGCUGAAGAGAUAAGCAGCUGUUUUGGCCUCUCCAUUGGGCUUUCAGUCAGUGAGAGUUUUCUGAAUUUGGGAACCUCUGUGUCAUUCUCUCAGUGUGAAAAGAAAGGAUUUCUGAAAACAGAUGCUGAGAGCCACAGUGCUGUUGUGGAAGACAUCAUUUCCCAGAUUAGAGGUGGAGAUACCAGCUUCAGCACUGGGCUCCUGAACAGUUGGGAUGGCAAGAUGUCCCGGCACUGGGGAAGGUCAUUAAAAUAUAAUCCUGCUGUUAUUGAUUUUGAGUUGCAGCCCAUCCAUGAAAUUCUCCGCAGAAGUGACCUUGGUGGCGUGGAAACCAAACGGGCAAACCUGCAACAAGCUUUGGAUGAAUACCUCCUGGAAUUCAAUGCCUGUCGCUGCCAAGCCUGCCAGAACAAUGGGGAACCCAUCCUGGUGGGAGAUAUCUGUUCCUGCCAGUGUCCAUCAGGCUAUGGAGGCCCUGCCUGCGAGCAGACCAAGCGCCAAGGUGGUGAGAUUGAUGGGCACUGGAGCUGCUGGGCAGAGUGGGGUCCCUGCCAGUCGGGCAGGGCGCUGCGCAGCCGGCAAUGCAACAACCCAGCCCCACAGCGUGGUGGGAAGCCCUGUGCUGGGAGGGACCAGCAGAGCAAAGCCUGCUGAGAAACCCCCCCAUGGCACCACUCCCCACACCCCAGAGCAGUUUGGAAGCUACACUGGAUGAGAAAUACCCCAGGCACAGUCCUGCAGUGGAAUUAGGCUGGGGAGAAAUCAUCGCCAAGCAUCGCGUUCUUAUAUGGAUGGAGAGAGCAGUUUGGAAGCACCUAACAACCCAAAAAAACCCCACCCCUAAACCAGACCAAUUCAUCCAGCUGACUGAAGGCACCCCUGUCCCCUCACCCUGACACCACCAGGAGUGAUGGAAGCCACCCUGACACCACCAGGAGUGAUGGAAGCCACCCUGACACCACCAGAAGUGAUGGAGGAGACAGCGGAGAACCCCCAGAGGGGCUGAGUGGCCCUGGGGCUAAAAUGUGUCAUGAAAUAAAGUCACUAAAACUGCUCAUGUAAGUGAGCUUGACUUGCUGAAGUGUUUAUAUUUGCCUCUGGAAACCACAUUAAAAGCUCACGAUCCUUUUAUUUUUAUUAAAGUAAGUCCAACACCUUG